CCGACCGAGCCGUGAUGAUCGCGUGGCGGCGGGUGGGGACCGAAACGAAGAGGCGACCGGCGGUGGCGCGGGUCAGUCUCUCGGGCAACCCGGUCGGUCUGUCGUUCUCCGCUCUGUCCGCGCCACGUUUCGCUUCGCGCGCUCUGGAGUGAUAAACGACACAUCAAGCCCGCUUUUCGCGCGCGCGACAUAGAGAAAGAGAGAGAGGUGUAUACCCUUCUCGCGACGACGUAAUAUAACGUAUACCUCGAGGUCCAGCCACGCAUCAUUGACGAAGAGAGGUGCCUCUUCUAUACCGUCACUCGCCGGCAUCGUCAUCAAUCCCGCGGAUCACGCUAAAUGUCACGGCUAGCCACUUAGCGAUCGUGCUUUCGUUGCAGUGUUGUGCUACGAAAAUCCAUCCGUCAUCGAGCGAUCAAUCCGCGGCCCUCGAACCCACUCCUCGCACGCGUGCUCGCGCGCAUGCCGACGACGAGAAAUCGGAGUUACUCUCGCCGGCGGAGGAGAUAAUGCUGAUGCCGUUUUAUCGGCACUCGCGUAUCGAGGAUAGAAGCUCGCAACGUUUGCCACCGGAUUGUUGACGUCGCGACGUCAAGCGAAUCGGCCUCGAGACUCGCUCCGAUUAGUUCGCCGAUAGAACCCACGUGGCCCAGGAAGCAGCGCGCGAGGUGAUGUUGCUGGAGUCGCGAGGCCUCGCCGGUAGGAAGAGAAACGGACUGACACUGACCUCGUUCGGCGACGGUGGCGGCGGUGGCGGAGGCGGCGGAGGCGGCGGAGGCGGCGGUGGCGGAGGAGCCGGCAGCGAAGAGGACGACGAGGAAUCCCGACAUCACCUCUAUCUGGCUAGGAAGAUGCAGGGCGAGGGCACCGCCGCCCCCACGGUACCCACCGGACUAUCCGCCGGCGACGACGGCGACGAGAGCUCGAGCCCGUCGCCGAACAGCAGCCUCCUGAACAAUCUCAAUAAUAAUUGUAACUCGAACCGGCAAUGCGCGACCGACUUCAGCAUCGCCGCGAUCAUGGCGAGGGACUCGCGUCAGCAGCAGAUGCAGCAACAGCAGCAGCAGCAACAGCAGCAGUCGCAUCAUCAUAGGCAUUCGCAGCAGCAGGCCGUCGGCGGCGGUAAACUGCAUCAGCAUGAAAGGGAAGCCAGCGGGUCUGGGGUCGGCCGCGGUGCUCCGCCGGUUCCGGAGACGAUCAAUGCGGAGGACGAGCCGGAAACGGACGACACCGGAAGCACGAGUGGGAAGGGCGCCUCGCCGGUCGUGAAUCCGCUGCUCCAGGAGCGCUCGAAUUGCGAGGAACUGAAACAUGUGGUCUGCCACCUGGAGACCAAGGACCUCUGGGAUAAAUUUAACGAACUCGGCACGGAGAUGAUCAUCACAAAGACCGGCAGACGAAUGUUUCCGACGUGUCGCGUCUCCUUCAACGGACUGAAGGCGGACAGUCGAUACGCCGUCCUGAUGGACAUCGUACCGGUUGACAACAAGAGGUAUCGAUACGCAUAUCACAGGAGCUGCUGGUUGGUGGCCGGAAAGGCGGAUCCGCCGGCGCCAGCUCGACUAUACGUCCAUCCGGAUUCACCUUUCACAGGCGAGCAACUCCGAAAGCAGGUCGUCUCCUUCGAGAAAGUCAAGCUCACCAACAACGACAUGGACAGACAUGGACAUUUGGUGCUGAACUCGAUGCACAAGUACCAGCCGAGGAUCCACCUGGUGAAGCGGCCGGACUCGGGCACGACGAAGCCGAUCGCGGACCUCGAGAAGGAGCCGCACAAGACCUUCGUAUUCCCGGAGGCCAUAUUCACCGCUGUCACCGCCUAUCAGAAUCAGCUCAUCACAAAACUCAAGAUCGACAGUAAUCCGUUCGCCAAGGGCUUUCGAGAUUCUUCUCGGCUUACCGACUUUGAGAGUUUUCCUUUUAGGGAAACGAUGGAAUCCAUGUUGGCGGAGCAGCAGUCAUUGAGGUUUCCGCAUCGAUUGCCUUUCGAAAUGGAGCAACUCCAGGCGGGCGCGGUGAGCAAUCUUAGUCUGGAGGAGAAGGCUUUAUGGGCCGCGCGUUCUCAGAUGUUGUUAAGGGCGGCGGCGGCCGUAGCUGUCAGUCCCUAUGCUCAAUUGGUUAGUCCGGCUUUAGUCUACCCAGGCGCGCCGACAGCCGGCACCAGUCACCAACAACAGCAGCAACAACAGCAGCAGCAUCAGCAGCAACAACAACAGCAACAGCUGGGCCACCUAUGGUGGGCCUCGUCGAUCGGUCCAACUCUGUUCGCGGCGGCGCAUCAUCAGCAGCAACUAGCCGCCACUAGCUCGCAACAAAAUCCCACGUGUCCCGCGGCUCCGCGACCUCUUUACCCGUCACCGCUCGCCCUGGCUCAUCACCGAUUCUCACCCUACCACACGACGACCGCCCCCAAGUCCUCGACACCGGCCGUGCCGUCGCCGUCGCCGUCCAGAAGGGCUACCCCGUCGCCUACGGAUAGUCUCAGCAGGGAGGCUCAGGAUCUGUCGCCCUCGUAGUCGCCGGUUCUCUUGUAGUCUCGAGACGUUAGAAACGUAUCGGUCGUGAAUUUUUCCAAUAGAGAAAAGUUUCAGACUUUGUAAGGCUGCGCGCAAAAGGAGUCGAAUUCUCGAACGUGAAAGAUUUCAAUAAAUUGGACCACGAAUUUAGCAGUGUUUUUUUUCUUUUUUUUUCUUAUGGAAAAAACGUGCAAUUCGCGUGAGAAGUCACGCGACGAAAGCGUGAUUGAUUCGUAUAGCUUUGCAAUAUUCUUCUUCCACGGAGAAAUGAAGAAAUUUUACGCGCGACGAGAGUCGAUUUCCCUCGUUCACUUGUUUAAUUUAAAUUAUCUCUUUUUAGAUUUCUAAAAUAUACACCAAUUCUAUAAAAUUGGUUACAGCAUUCUUUUCAGAAGAAUGCAGAAGUGCAAUACUUAUUAAAUUAAUAUUAAUAAUUUAUUAAUAAUUAUUUAACUUAUCCUUAUUGUAUUUUAAGGAGCCGGUCUCCGUUUCGUUCGGUGAACACGUAAUGGCUGCACGAAAAGGCAUUCAUAUUGUAAAGGGAGACAAAUUGUUGUAAAAUGUUUGCGCAACGGAGAUCGAUUUUCGUCGCGCGUGUCACGCAUCGCACAGUGUCGGAAGGAGUAUGUCGAAGCCGGUAUUGACGAUACUCGCGGAACCCGCGGCGUGAAUAGCGACGAUAAUUGUGGUGUCAAAGGUUCUCGAGCCGCACUCGCCGUCUUUCUCUCGCGCCGAAACGCGAAAGAAACGUAAAGCUCACGCUCUCCCCGGCUGAACUCUCGACCUUUGGCGAGCAUGGUGGCAAAGCGCGGAGGACUCCAGCCGUCUCACGUGACUCGACGAUUCCCGUUGUCUCCCGACCGGACCUCUUGGAACCCGGAGGAGGGCCCGACCUGUGUAUAUCCUUGCUUCGAUCAGCGAUCGGAAGCGAUAGGGUCGCCGCGAUCCUGGUAGUCAAGAUACACCUAUGCAUACACUUUGAAAAGGAAACGAUAUCAUUACGAAAAAUCUGUUACACUUGUGGAGGACAAAAAUAAGGUACCAUGUUGUUUUUUUCAAUUCAAUUUUUUUAUUCUUAUUUUUUAUUAUUUCUUAAUUG